GAGCCCGGGCUGCCUUGAGCCGAGCUGGAUCCGUCCCUCCUGCCUGCGAGCUGCCAGAAAAAAUGUUCUCGUCCGCACAGCCGUAUGAAAACCAGCGGUACGCGGCCCUGAAGAAGGACUGCCAACGGAGGAAUGUUCUCUUUGAGGAUCCCCUUUUCCCAGCCAACAAUUAUUCCCUUUUUUACAAGUCACAGAUUCAGGGUAUACAGUGGAAACGGCCAAAGGAGAUCUGCGACGAUCCUCACCUCUUCGUGGACGGCAUCAGCUCCCACGAUUUGCACCAGGGUCAAGUGGGGAACUGCUGGUUUGUAGCGGCCUGCUCUUCGCUGGCAUCUAGGGAAUCCUUGUGGCAGAAGGUCAUCCCAGAUUGGAAGGAGAAGCAAUGGUAUGCCGAGAAGCCAGAGAACUAUGCCGGGAUUUUCCAUUUCCAGUUCUGGCGGUUUGGCACCUGGGUGGACGUGGUGAUUGACGACCGCCUGCCCACACUCCACAACCAACUCAUCUAUUGCCACUCCAACUCCAAGAACGAGUUAUGGUGUGCGCUGGUAGAGAAGGCCUACGCCAAGCUCUCCGGUUGUUACGAAGCCCUUGAUGGAGGCAACACAGCGGAUGCCUUAGUAGACUUCACCGGCGGCGUCUCGGAGCCGAUUGACCUGCUAGAAGGCGGCUACGCCAAUGAUGAGGCCAAGCGGAACCUCCUCUUCGAACGGGUGCUCAAAGUCCACAACCGGGGAGGCCUCAUCAGCUGUUCCAUCAAAGCCACCUCAGCCGCCGACAUGGAAGCCCGCCUGGACUGCGGCCUAGUCAAAGGCCACGCCUACGCAGUCACCGACGUGAGGAAAGUCCGCCUCGGCCACGGCCUGCUGUCCUUCUUCAAGUCCGAAAAGCUGGACAUGAUCCGGUUGCGGAACCCCUGGGGGGAGAGAGAGUGGAACGGCCCCUGGAGCGACACUUCUGAAGAAUGGCAGAAAGUAAGCAACGGUGAGCGAGAGAAGCUGGGAAUGACUGUUCAGGACGAUGGAGAGUUUUGGAUGGUGUUCGAAGACUUCUGCAAGUACUUCACGGACAUCAUAAAAUGCCGCCUUAUAAACACGUCCUACCUGAGCAUCCACAAGACGUGGGAGGAAGUGGUCUUGCGAGGGGCGUGGUCAAAACACGAGGAGCCCUUGAAGAACCGCUGUGGGGGCUGCGUCAAUCACAGGGACACUUUUCUGCAGAACCCCCAGUAUGUUUUUGACGUGAAGAAAACAGAGGACGAAGUGCUCAUCAGCAUUCAACAGAAGCCCAAACGGACCAGUCGGAAGGAGGGCAAAGGGGAGAACUUAGCUAUCGGGUUUGACAUCUUCAAGGUGGAGCUGAAUCGGACCUUCCGGAUGCACACUCUGCAGCAGAAAGUAGCCAGUUCCAUCUACAUCAACUCUCGCAGCGUCUUCCUGAGGACGGACCAGAAAGAAGGCCGCUACAUCAUCAUCCCCACAACCUUCGACCCCGACCACGUGGGCGAGUUCCUUCUCAGGGUGUUCACAGAUGUGCCUUCCGAUUGCCAAGAGCUGACCCUGGACGAGCCCCCUCACACCUGCUGGAGCGGAAUGUGCGGCUACCCGCAGCUGGUAUCGCAAGUCCACGUCGUCUCGGGGACCGGGCUGAAGAACCAUAGUUCUCAAGACGUGGAUCCCUACGUGAUCAUUAAGUGUGAAGGAGAGAAGGUCCGUUCGCCAGUGGUGAAGAACACGCCGACGCCAGAGUUCGAUGUGAAAGGCCUUUUUUACCGCAAGAAACCGGGGCAGCCGAUCCUCAUUCAGGUCUGGAACCACAACCUUAUCAGCGAUGAGUUUUUGGGCCAGGUGUCUCUUCCGGGCGACCCGAACGACCUCCAGUCAGUCCACAUCCUCGGCCUCCAAGACAAAGGGAACAAGCGACCCACAGAACUCCCCGGAAGUCUGAAGGUCCACCUUCUGACCAGCGGCACCCUCACCAACGUCUGAAUUACUCAAGGACUUUCCCUCUUGUGCCAUAUAUAAAUGUAUAGGAUCUUGCAAGAUGCAGUAUAUACGUAUAUAUAUAUAUGCCUGCAGAUGUAUACGGACCGUGCAUGUGUUCAGUUUUAAAAGGGGGGUGGUGGUUCUUUUGUUUCCGAGGAUGGGCGGUUGAUGUUGUUGUUGUUUUUAAUUCUGUUCUUCGUUUUUUCUAAAAAGGUGCCUUUUCCAGAAGCCAAAAUGCUUAUUUUGUUGACCGCAUACAAGGCAUGGGUUUGUGGGUCGCUGGUGGCGGGCAGCAGUGUGGAGCCAGAAACCGAUCCUGCUGUUUUGGAGGGGGGGGGGGAGUGUGUCAGCCUCAGAAUCAUGCCGCGAGGCUGUAUGUUUACACAGAGAGGUACAUCUCUCAUGCGCACACGUGCGGGUUUGGAGCAUGAACCCCAACCCAGGGGAAAAAAGUAUAUUGCCAAUUUAUCUGAAGGGCUCAUUCUUAACUGGCAUAUCCCUUGCCUGUGUUGUUAGCGCUGACGCCAGAAGCUGUAUCGAAGCGCCCCCUGCGUUUUCUAGGACAGAUUGUUGGACUCCAGGUUGGGAAUGGGAUGGGUGGGAACACACCUUGCCUGCCAGAACCCAGAAGUCUGCCGCAUGAUUUCCUCCUUACCGACACACUGAUCUGGCUUGGACUACUGGAUCAUUGACUUGUCGAGCCGGUGCCUGUCUAUGUGUAUUAUGUCUGCAGUGUGAGGUUGUCAACCUCCAGGUAUGGUCUGGAGACCUCCUGGCAUCCCAACAGAUCUCCAGGCCAA